AUGUCAACACCCAGUAUUAGUACCAACGUACAAGAGAAGGAUGUUUCCGGGUUAGCCUUGAUUGCUGCCCACUCUCAUAUCACAGGUCUUGGGUUGGACGACAACUUGCAACCCAAGGAAUCUGCUCAAGGUAUGGUUGGACAAUUGAAAGCUCGUAAGGCUGCUGGUGUCAUUUUAAGAAUGAUUCAAGCAGGUAAGAUUGGUGGACGUGCAGUUCUUAUGGCUGGGCCUCCAUCGACCGGUAAAACUGCCAUUGCUAUGGGAUUAUCUCAAAGUCUUGGAAGUGAGGUUCCCUUUACAGCUGUUGCUGGUUCUGAGAUUUUUUCAUUGGAUUUAUCAAAGACUGAAUCCUUAACUCAAGCGUUCCGUAAAUCAAUUGGUAUUAGAAUUAAAGAAGAAACUGAAAUCAUUGAAGGUGAAGUAGUGGAGAUUCAAAUUGACCGUUCUAUUACUGGUGGUCAUAAACAAGGGAAAUUGACCAUUAAAACAACUGACAUGGAAACUGUUUAUGAAUUAGGUAAUAAGAUGAUUGAAGGAUUAACCAAGGAAAAGGUUUUAGCUGGUGAUGUUAUAUCUAUUGAUAAGGCAUCUGGUAAGAUCACCAAAUUAGGUAAAUCUUUCACUAGAGCCAGAGAUUAUGAUGCCAUGGGACCUGACACUAAGUUUGUUCAAUGUCCAGAAGGAGAAUUACAAAAACGUAAAGAAGUGGUUCAUACUGUAUCAUUACAUGAGAUUGAUGUUAUAAAUUCAAGACAACAAGGGUUUUUGGCGUUGUUUUCUGGUGAUACUGGAGAAAUUAGAUCUGAAGUUCGGGAUCAAAUUAAUACUAAAGUGGCUGAAUGGAAAGAAGAAGGCAAAGCCGAAAUUGUACCUGGUGUUCUUUUCAUUGAUGAAGUUCAUAUGUUGGAUAUUGAAUGUUUUUCAUUUAUUAAUAGAGCUUUGGAAGACGAAUUUGCUCCAACAGUUUUCAUGGCUACCAAUAGAGGUAUUUCAAAGACUCGUGGUACUAAGUAUAAAUCUCCUCAUGGAUUACCAAUGGAUUUGUUAGACAGAUCUAUUAUCAUUCACACAUCACCAUACAAUGCUGAUGAAAUUAGAACGAUUUUAUCUAUUAGAAGUACUGAAGAAGAAGUUGAAUUGAGUGCUGAUGCCUUAGCAUUAUUGACCAAGAUUGGUGAAGAAACCAGUUUAAGAUACGCUUCCAAUUUGAUUUCUGUGUCACAACAAAUAUCUUUAAAGAGAAGAAGUAAUACUGUUGAUUUACCUGAUGUUAAAAGAGCUUAUACAUUAUUCUUGGACUCUGAUAGAUCUGUCAAAUAUUUGGAAGAGUUUUCUAGUCUGUUUAUUGAUGAUGAAGGUAACGUGACUCUUGGAUAUAAUGGUAACAGCAACAACAGUGCAACUAAAAUUGGAGCUAAAGUCGAAGACGACAAGAUGGAGACUGAUUAA